AUGAGUUGCUUAGUAUGGAACUGUCGUGGGCUUGGGAACCCAUGUAUAGAAAAUGAGCUUGCUGAAAUGGUGCAAGCAAAAGAUCCCUCUGUCGUGUUUAUAGCUGAAGCAUGGGCAAAUGAAGCAAGGCUAAACAAUGUGAAAAGGAAGAUACAAUUCGAGAAUAUGUUCGAAGUCCCUAGAACAAGUAGAGGAGGCGGUUUGGUGCUAUUUUGGAGAUCAUCAAUUGCUGUGACAGUUGAGGGGUCUGAUAAAAAUCAUAUUGAUGCGAUAAUUAAUAAGGAUAUAGAAGAUGAGUGGCGUUUCACUGGCUUUUACGGUGAACCAGAAACUUUCAGAAGAAUUGAAUCUUGGAACCUUCUUCGAAGUCUAAAUCAAAAGUUUCAAACUCCAUGGCUAUGUGCAGGUGAUUUUAACGAGUUGAUUAGAAGCAACGAAAAAUUGGAGGGGAAUAGGAGGAGUCAUACACAGAUGCAGCUCUUUAUGGAAGUAGUUGAUGCCUGUGGCUUCAUGGACCUUGGCUACUCGGGUACUAAGGUCCAUCAUUUAACUUGUACUACAUCUAAUCAUAUCCCCAUAUGGAUUGUGCCCGAUGGUCUUGAACCACCUCCCAUCUCAAGACCCUUCUGCUUUGAAGAAAUGUGGCUAACAGAUAAAGAUUGUGGGAGAACCGUAGAAGCAGUAUGGAGAAGCUCAAUUCCAUGUGAUCCCAACAUCAAAGUGAUGAGGAAAAUUGAUAAAUGUGGUCACGAAUUAACUCAGUGGAGCCGGAAGAAUUUUGGGAAUGUAAGAAGAGAGUUGAUUGAGAAGAGGAAACUACUUGCUAGGGCUGAAAAGGAGGCUAUCCAAUCUGGUGUAAAUUUCCAGGUUAGAGAGCUUUCAAUGGAGAUCAAUGACUUGAUGGUAAAAGAAAACAAAAUGUGGAGACAAAGAGAAAAAAGUUUCUGGUUGGUUGGGGGUGAUAAGAAUUCUAAAUACUUUCACAGUAGAGCAACACAAAGGCACCGUCGAAAUAGAAUCACAGGUAUCAACAAUUCACUUGGCAAAUGGGUUCAUCAUUCUGAGGUGAUAGCUGAAGCUUUUAUUGAGUAUUAUCAAAAUCUCUUUACCUCAUCAAAUCUGAUUCUUGGAGACAAUGAUCUGAACUCAAUUCCAACACUUGUCACAGCCAAGAUGAACAGCCAAUUGUCACAGGAAUUCAUGGAGUGGGAAGUGCAAGCGAUGCUUAAACAAAUGGCUCCUCUUAAAGCUCCAGGCCCCGAUGCCUUUGAAACCCUUCAUAAUAUGAACAUUCAAAAAUCUAGCAAAUAUGGCUAUAUGGCAGUGAAAUUAGACAUGAGUAAAGUUUAUGAUAGGGUGGAAUGGUCUUUCUUGAAGGAGGUUAUGAGAAAGUUGGGGUUUAAUGAACAAUGGAUAACCCUCAUGAUGAUUUGUGUAAAAUCUGUCUCAUAUUCGGUUCUAGUGAAUGCUGAACCAAAAGGGAUGAUAAGGCAUUCAAGGGGAAUUUGCCAAGGUGACCCCUUAUCUCCAUUCCUCUUUUUACUUUGUACGGAAGGUCUUCAUAGUCUUAUAUCUAAGGCAACAAGUGAGGGGACUAUCCAUGGAUUCGGCUUGAGUAGAAGGAGUCCAAAACUAACUCAUUUGCCCUUUGCAGAUGAUAGCUUACUGUUUUGCAAGUCUAGCAGAAGUGAAUGCCAGAAAAUUUUGCAAAUUUUGGAGUCCUAUGAAAGUAUGUCGGGCCAAAAACUUAAUCGAGGCAAAACUUCCAUCUUUUUUAGCAAAUCCACCAUAGAGAUUGUGAGGGCAGAAAUAAAGGAAGCAUUAGGAAUGGAAGAAAUUAAACACUAUGACAAGUAUUUGGGUUUGCCAUCACUUGUAGAGAGGCACAAAAAAGCAAGCUUUGAUUAUAUUAAAGAAAGAUUUUGGAGGAAAUUGCAAGGGUGGGAAGAAAAAUUAUUGUCACAAGCUGGAAGGGAAGUCUUGAUCAAGGCGGUGGUCCAAGCAAUCCCAACCUAUACAAUGUGUUGCUUCAAACUUCCACUUGGCCUUUGCCAUGAAAUUGAAGGGCUCAUCAGCAAAUUUUGGUGGGGGCAGUCUUUGGCGGCAUGUAGAGCUCUUGAGUUUGCUUUGGAGCUCGGGUUGGAUAAGGGAAUUCUGGAAGGAGACUCGUUGACUGUAAUGGCUGCUCUUAAGGAUGACUCAGCAUCUCUGGCUUCUUUUGGUCUUCUAGUUCGUGACGCUCAAAGUUUGGCAGGCUUAUUUAAUUGUAUUCGCUUUUUACAUGUUGGUAGGGGUGGUAAUGUUGUAGCCCACAACCUAACUAGACAUGCACGUCAUGUCAUUGGUUUUUCUGUUUGGAUGGAAGAUGUUCCUAUCCAUACUCUUGUUGCUUAUCAAGCGGAUUUGCCUGUUACCUAA